CCUCAGUCCGAGGCGCCUCCCUCCAUAUUUACACCCUUUUCACUGUGUUUUACCACAUCAUGUCGACCACAACAGGUUGAUUCCUCCCAAGUGUUUACAACCACAAUAUGAGCAUCGCAGUGAAAAGGAAGUGGACAUGGUGCAUUAACGGUUCAAAACUCCACCAAAAGACAUAUAGAUUCACGGAAAUCUGUAAACCCGUCCAAAUCCAAAGCUCCAUGGUUCUCCUCUCUAUGGAUUUCUGUUUCUUUCAGUUUAUUUCCAAACGGCUUGUAUAGCAAGUGAGGGAGCAGAUGUUUUCACACAGCUGUGCAGGGAUGCCAAUAGUGUAACACAGCUGUGCAAAACCCCAGCUUAUUGGCUGAUCAUAGCUCAGCCCUCGCCUGCCCCAGACACAACAUUUCCGCUUUACAACUAUCUUAGUUCACUCAAGAAUUAUUAGAGACGUUCCUCUUUUCCUGUGCUGCAUCCGCAGAGCCACUUGGCCGGUGCAACAGUCGCAGUCCAGCAGCAGCCAGCCAAAACGCCUCUCCAUAUCACUGCUUUCUCUCUCCAUACACAUACAUAGCAAAUAAAACAUUACUUUGACAUCUGGAAUUUGAAAUUGCAUGCAUGCAUCAGCAUGUGGAAAACAGAUUAGAAUCUUUUUUUUCUUUCUUUUAACAUUUUCCCCUUGCUUCUUUUGGGCUAAGAUGCCUUUGAGAUGAACUCAAUCAGUUGGGCGGAUGGCCUGCUGCCUGAGAGCACCACCACGAUGAAGCUGCAGUGUAUGUCAUCUUGAAAUGGUUUCCCAGUCAUUCCAGACACUUAUGCAAGAGUACUUACCAACUCAGAGAUGCACAGGAGAAAAACAGUGUUUCAAAGUAAAAAAUAAAAAUAAAUUCUGAACAUUUGCAGUUUUAGAUUUGAUAUUACUAAUCAACACUCGUAGUUUUAGGUCUGAAAAAUGCACUAAGACAAUGAGUGUAGUAUUUCCAAUAGCUACUCUACUGUCUGUCUUGUCUUGUAUAGCUGAAGCCCCUCACAGACACCCAUCAUUUAGUUUUGAGGUGAAUUUCUUUGUUUUAUAUGGUUUCUCAGGUCAUUCCAAACAGCAGUUUUCUUCAUGUAAGAAACCACUUAAUUUAGCAUUUACUAACACACACAACAUCUUUCUGUUUCACUGUGUGUCACAGUUCACUGCACAAACUUCCACACCAAUUUUCCUUCACACAUCCAUGUUUGAUGUAAGCUUUAGUAUUCCAAGUCAAAAGGAGAGGCUCUGUCAGUGGGUUAUUUCCAAAUUCAGAGCCACUGUGUUCACUCAUCCACACUGAGAACCCAAACAGCCACAUCUGCCUGCAGCUAUUGUUUCCUUCGCAUUUAUUUUUAAGGUAUUGCAAUGCAGCAAGAUCGCAGAAACAUUGCAGAGAUGCUACGAAAGUACAUCCUAGCUGGGCUUAUCAUGUACAGUACUAAGAUGCAUGUGUAGUCAACCAGAAAAUAAGGCAUGUGUUUAUGUACAGCUCAUCUUCUCUUUCCUCAGUAGUUUAGAAGUCAUGUAGUGGUGUGGUGUGAGGGAGGAGAAUGCCCUUCCAGUCGCGUGAAUUUGCCAACUGAAGCCAAUCCACUGCCCCCUGUGCCACCUGACUCCCUGUCCUCACCUUCAGCAUGGGCAUUGUCAUGGCCAGCUGGUACAUUCAUGAUACACCUUAACCUAUCUCUGGGAAUGCUUCAGAAACUCGCUUCACAUCCAUCCCACGACACACUUCCUUUUAGUGUUCAAUCACCACUGGUAAUUUUCUACAAGGCAUACCCAACAGGUUGAUUUCUGAGCGAGUUCUCCUCUACUCUGUCCUUUCUUGUGUUUUUCUUUUCUUUUUUUCUUCCUGGUUGCAAACACUCUUCUCGUCUCAACUUUGUUUUUUAAACCCUUUGAAUUGAUGCUGCUUCUGUGCUUGACUCUGGGUUUACUGCGUGGUGCCAUGUUGUCCACAUGGCCUCUAGAGCUUGUAACGCUUCAGUGUGUAAUGUUACCAUAUGCCUUACAUGUUUUCCAGGACUAAUAAAAAAAGCAUAACAAAA